CUCGCGAGAGGUGCCACACCGGUCGGGUCGGUGGUGGCACCGUGGGGCACCGUGGUGCACCGUGGUCCCGGCUGCGGGGAUGGCUGCUCCGCGUGGGGUCCCGCAGCUGCGGGUGCUGGAGGAGGCGCUGGGCAUUGGCUUGUCGUCCUCCGGCAACACAGAGGCGGCGGCGGCGGAGCCGGUGUCCGCCGAUGGUGCCUACUACCUGGAGCAGGUCACCAUAACUGAUGCUUCUGAAGAUGACUGUGAAUAUGAAGAGAUACCAGAUGACAAUUUCAGCAUUCCAGAAGGAGAAGAAGAUCUGGCCAAAGCAAUUCACAUGGUUCAAGAGCAGGCUACAGACGUUCAGAUUCUGGAGCAGAAAACAGUUCUUCCUUCAAGGCAGGUAGUACAUGAAGCCAUAGAAGACUUUCUCUGUAAUUUCCUGAUCAGAAUGGGAAUGACCAGAACGCUGAACUGCUUUCAGGCUGAAUGGUACGAGUUAAUACAGAAGAGAGGGACUGAUUUUCGAGGACUCGGGAAUGUUCCAGAUGUUUACAGCCAGGUGAUGCAUUUAGAGAGUGAGAACAAAAACCUGAAGAAAGAUCUGAAACACUUCAAACAGGCAGCUGAAAAGGCCCGAGAAGAACUACUGAAAACUCAGAAGGAGCGGGACUUCCAUCGCAUGCACCACAAGCGUAUCAUGCAAGAGAAGAACAAGCUGAUCGCUGACCUCAAAGGGCUGAAACUGCAUUAUGCAUCUUAUGAACCAACUAUUAGGGUGUUACACGAGAAGCAUCAUGCUUUACUGAAGGAGAAAAUGCUGACCUCCUUGGAAAAAGACCGAGCUGUUGGGAAGAUUUCUGGGCUUCAAGCAACACUGAAGAACAUAGACGUAGGACAUAUUCAGGCACCUUUAAUCAAAGUUGGUUACAGUUGUGAGAAAGAAAACGAGUCAGAAAGCCCUACUCAGAAAUGUCCUUAUGAAACCAGGGAAGAAAAUGGACAUAAAUCAAAGACAAAGAAUGAAAGAAAGGCCUCCUUCAACAGAAUCCAAGAUUGUGCUAAUACACUCAGUACAAGACCAUCGCUUUGCCCAACUCCAUGCCUCUGUCACCAGGAGUGGAGAAGAACCUCUCAAACUUGGAAUAAGACCACACCUCAGCUGGGCUCCAUUAGCAAAAGACAGCAGAGUACAGGGACACCCAGAAUGAGACCACCCAAGUCAUCUUGUCUCUAUCAGCCUGCGCCAAAUGGAAGAUUCUGAGCAAUCCAUCUUCCUCAGUUUUCCUUCCUGCAUCCUGUCUUUUUAUCAACACCCUUGCUCUUCUUCCUUGUUCUUUCUGGACUUCUGAAGGAGCCCAAGAUUCUCAGCUCAUCAUUUAUUGUCAGAACUUUAAUCUCACCAUAUCACCCUUUCUGACCAAUCAGUCUCUAUUUUCCUAACUCCUGAAACUGUUGUACUUAAUGGACUCAAGUUGAGUUUUCAUGUUCUGUUGUAGAGCCCCCUCUGUCCUGUGCCACUGGAAAUCAUCUAGUUGCUCCAGUGGGGUCUUGGCAAGUGGUUAGCAGUCAGUUCUUUAAAGAGAGGCAUGAGGUGGACAGUGAUGAUGUUCGAAAUACGCCUCAGCAGUUGAAGCUACUAACUCUACUGAUUUGAACUGGAAACUGGUGCUCACAGUCAGGCUCCUGAGCCAGCUCCAGCAAGCCAUGUCUUGAAAGCACCAUCAGAGUUCUUUAUUUUCUCUAUACUCAGUCAGUGGCACUGGACCUUAGCUUCCUUUUGCUACUCCAGCCCUGGUCCUUCCCUGUUUCUUGACUAUUCCUUUCCUUGAAUCCCAUUUUGAUCAGAUUAUCCCACUCAUAAUAAUUGCUUAUUAUAGGCACAUCUUUUCUAGUGAUUUUUUUAUAAAUGGAAAACGGUGACUCCCUGAGACAUUGCCAUUUUCUUUAUGAUUCCUACCUAACAUUUAAUGAUUUAAAUGUUCUCAUGGACAAUGCUUCCAACACCUUGGACUUUGAACUUCUUGACAUUUGUCCCCUGUGACAACACAUCAUCAUUCGCAGUCACUCAUUCUCACAGACAUUUCUUAGGCCUUGUUGCUGCUCAUAAAUGACUCUUAAUUUCAUAUACUGUUUGUGCCUCACUCCUGAACCCUGCCUAUAAAUCAGCAUUCAGUUUUUAUAUGUUUUUAUCACUCCCUGUGUGUGACAGGGCUUUGAGUUCUAUAGACACAUUCCUGACUGUAAUUUACAUUAUGUGGGACCAUCUCUUCACUGAGCUCUGAUUUUAAGUACCCAACAGCCCACAUGACUGCUGAUCAGAUACUGAUUUCCUGUCACAGUUGUCUCCAUUUACUUUUCCACAUCUGUUAAAGGAAUGCCACCCUUCCCAUUCCUUAGCCAAAACCCCUCUGCACUUAAUCUGAGGUGUCUGUCUGUCUCCCCUCGCUUUUAAUAUGAAAAAUUAUUUUUUAUGCUCUUGAAGAUUUUCUUUCUUUUUGUACCACCAGCACUGUUUCCCUUUCUUCCUCCUCCCCUGUCUCCAGACCCCACUCUAGCUCUUGCUCGUGUGAUUGUGUUCUUCAUCUGUUACUAAGAUUAUUGUAGAAACCUCCUAACUAGUCUCUGCUUUGUCCUUAUUUUCCCAUAAACACAGUAGCUAGAGCCAUCAUUUUAAAAGGGCCAACUGAUAACCUUCCUUUGCUGAAAUCUUUUCAGUGACCUUCUGUUUUAAUGAUAGUCACAGGGAAUUCCAAGCAUGAUGACUUCUGAGGCUUUCUGCCUUCCCUCCUCUUCACCUCUCUUCCCUGUUCUCCUGGUACGUAUUGCAUCCAUAGUCUAGCCUUCCAUGAAUUUCUAGAACACUGUGGAUAUGCUCCUUUCUUGGGACAUUUGCAUUGGAGACCUUGUUUGUGUUGUUCACUUGGACACCUUAAGGUCUCAUGCCCUUAUCUCCAGUUAACCCAAUUCCCUUUAAUUUUCUUCCAUAGCUACACAAUCUAAUUAUAUUUAGUUAUUGUUUAUUUUUAAGAUAGGGUCUCAUUAUGAUAUAGCUCUGCCUAGUCUUACACAAAAAAUUAUCCUGCCUUAGCCUCCUCAGCACAGAUAUUUGUGUUCAUACCAUCACUCCCAGCCCAGUCUAAACCAUAAUGCGCUUACUUAUUCCUGGAUACUUCCUCCCUCUCUUUCCCACUCUACUUUCCCUUAUGUGCCUUACAUGUCCAUAUGUUGUGCUGAUCAACUUGUUCAUCGUGAUUCUUGUCACUAAAAUGUCAGUGCCAUAAGGGCAAGAAAGUCCAGUUUUUUAUUUAGUUCUGUGUUGUUUCCAGUACCACAGACACAUCUGGAAAAUAGAUGUCACAGUUUUGCUCAUCUUCAUGAGUGCAUAAGUAAAAGUGUGUUCUGAGAUUGUUAUAUAAAAUACAUUUGCUUAGCAGUAAUUGAUCCGAAAUAGUUACCUUUUAAGUUUUAUUUUUCAUAUGGUUUGUAGUUUGGUGGAACUUCCUACUAAGUAGUGAUAUCAUCUGUGAAUAAUGAUAAUUUUCCUCAGUUAUAACUGGAAAUUUUUGUUUUGCUUAUGGUUGAGUAUUGUUUAGAAGGUCCAGAAAGUUAUUAUAUAUGUAAAUAGGCAUUACCACCCUGUUAAUGUAGAAAGGAAUGCUUCUGAUAUUGCAACACAAGAAAUAUUUGUUUCUUGUGUUUAUUAAGUUUUUUGUGCUUCACCAUGAAUGUCUAACCUUUUAAUAAUAUGUUAAUGACAAUUUGUAAAUCAUGUUUAAGUGUUAAGAUUUUAUUUCAUCAUGGAUAUUGUGUCUUCUGGGUCUGAGAUGAUUUCUCCCAUUAAUAUUUCAGUGUGGUAAAUGCAAUUGUAGAUUUUCUAAAUAAAUGUUAUUUUCCAUAUCU